AUGCCCGUCGACAGCAAGCACUUUGAAACCCUCCAGCUCCACGCCGGACAGGAGCCUGACCCGGCCACCAACUCGCGCGCCGUCCCCAUCUACGCGACCACGUCGUACACCUUCAACGACUCGGCGCACGGUGCCCGUCUCUUUGGCCUCAAGGAGUUUGGCAACAUCUACAGCCGCAUCGGCAACCCCACCGUCGACGUCUUUGAGAAGCGCAUCGCCGCUCUCGAGGGCGGCGUGGCUGCUGUUGCCGCUGCGUCGGGACAGUCGGCACAGUUCAUGACCUUUGCCGCACUCGCCCACGCUGGAGACAACAUUGUCGCCACCACCAACCUGUACGGCGGUACGUACAACCAGCUCAAGGUCCUACUCCCGCGCCUGGGCAUCACCACCAAGUUUGUCGAGGGCGAUGACCCUGCCGCCAUUGCCGCGGCCAUUGACGACAAGACCAAGGCCGUCUACAUCGAGACCAUCGGUAACCCCCGCUUCAACGUCCCGGACUUUGAGGCCAUUGCGGCGGCAGCCCAUUCCAAGGGCGUCCCGCUUGUUGUUGACAACACGUUUGGCGCCGGUGGCUACUUUGCCCGCCCCAUUGACCAUGGCGCGGACAUUGUCGUCGAGUCGGCCACCAAGUGGAUUGGCGGCCACGGCACCACCAUUGGCGGUGUUGUUGUGGACUCUGGCAAGUUUGACUGGGGCAAGAACGCUGCUCGUUUCCCCCAGAUGGUCGAGCCCGCCGACGGCUACCACGGCCUCAAGUUCUGGGAGACGUUUGGGCCCAUUACGUUUGCGAUCCGCGUGCGUGUCGAGAUUCUGCGUGACCUCGGCCCGGCCCUCAACCCGUUCGCCGCGCAGCAGCUCCUGCUCGGCCUCGAGACCCUCUCCCUCCGCUGCGAGCGCCACGCGUCGAACGCGCUCGCCAUCGCCAAGUGGCUCGAGCAGAACCCCAACGUCGCCUGGGUCUCGUACCCUGGUCUCGAGAGCCACGCGAGCCACGCCCUCGCGACCAAGUACCUCCCGCGCGGCUACGGCGGUGUGCUGGCGUUUGGCGUCAAGGGCGACGCCGCGCUGGGAUCCAAGGUCGUCGACGGCUUCAAGCUCAUCUCCAACGUCGCCAACGUCGGCGACUCCAAGACCCUCGCGAUCCACCCCUGGACCACGACCCACGAGCAGCUUUCGGACGAGGAGAAGGUCUCGUCGGGCGUCACCGCCGACCUGAUCCGUCUCUCGGUCGGCACAGAGCACAUUGACGACAUUAUCGCCGACUUUGAGCAGGCCUUUGCCGCCGCCAAGUAA